UUUAACCUUAAAAAAAAGUCACACAAUUUGUUUGUUGUCUUCGCCGCUUUACCAUAUUAGUGAUACUACCCACGUUUUCGGAGUUUUGAUUAUUCUCUGACUAGAAGCAAAAUGUAUCUUAUGUACUAUUUAGACGAUAAAGGCAAAAGGGUGUAUACUUUGGAGAAAACAGCACCAGACGGGAAACCAACCAUAUCGGCUCAUCCUGCACGUUUCUCACCUGAGGAUAAAUAUUCCAAGGAAAGGAUAAUGAUCAAAGCGCGAUUUGGUUUAUUGAAAACUCAACAGCUGGCACCUGAAUAUUAGGAAUAAGCUCUAUAGAUAAGUUAAAUAAUAAUUUUGUCACCUACUGAAAUGUAAAUGCAUUUGGAAAAGAGAAAAAUUAAAAGCUUCGAUAAAAUGAAACUUCAUAAAAGUAAAUUUUAGAUUUUGAAUUAAAAACAAAUUCCAUCAUGUAAAUCAAUAGUGGAGAUCUAUGAAAUUGCAAUGUAUUCAAUACAGAAAAAAUUGUUCAAGUGGUUCCUUCGAAUAACUGUAUAGUCCACAUCUCCCAAUAUGUUCAUUUAUAAAUAGAAAUAAAUUGUCUGUAUAGAAAUGAUACUGUUAGCUGAUAAAAAUUGUGAUAUACUACAGAAUAAAGACAUGUGAUUUAAAUAAA